CUUGUCGAAAUCUAGCGCUGAUGACGGCGUCGACAAAAGGGGCCGCGAAGCGGCACAUUACGCAGGAAACGUUCAACGAAUGCGUGCGAGAGAACAUGGAAGAGUUCGAUAUGAUAGAGGAAGAUGCCAUUGCCGACGCGGUGACGCAGUUCGAAUCCCAGGGGGUGGAUCUAAGCACCAUCGUGAAGGCCCUCGAUGUCGUGCACCCCGUGCUUGCCGCGCUAAAGGUGAUCGAGGCCGAUGAGUCGGACGACGAGACGUGCCUACAUGUGCAGUUGGUCGCGUUGCAGGACCAGCUCAAGGAUGCGGUCGGGAGCAGCGGGGCCAAGGAACUGGCGGGACAGAUCAAUGGCCCGACGAUCUUGUUGCAACGUUUGCCGGCCGUACAGGACGUCGCCACGCGCAUCUUGUUGCUAUCCACGCUUCAGUCCAUGGUGUCUGGGAAUCGGUCGAACCAACUGCUUGUGGGAGACGCAGGAGUCGCCGCCAUCUUCGACGUUGGGGUGUUGUCAUCGCAUGCAGACACCCAGACGGCCGCGUUCUCGUCGUUGAAAUGCAUUUGCGCCAAGAACGAAGUGAACAAGAAGCGCUUGACGUCGCACGGAAUCAUCGCGAGGCUUGUCGUGCUGUUCCGCGACCGUUCCAUGGUCCCAGAAGGGAGAACUAAGGACAUUGCCGACGUCAUUCGAGUGCUCACCCUGCACGACGACACAACUUCCAUGUUUUCGCAGACACAUGACAUUGUCAAGUUGUUUGUGGAGCAUGGGGUGAUCGAUGCAGUGCUGCCGUACCUCCGGGGGGUGUCCAGUGACCCAGAUACCCUGUCUUCGUGGCUUGCUGUGGUCAAGCAACUGGCCAUCACAGAGGACACGUGUCGGAAGCUAGUGGCUGCGGGCAUUUUGGACCUCCUCCCGACCUUCCAGCAUCAUGCGCAUCAUCGACCGUUGUUAUCCCACUGCCUGGGUUUAUUGCGCAACUUGGCGGCCGUGGACGAGUACAAGUCAGUUGUAACCUCAUCGAACCUUCCGUGGAUCAUAUCCAUCAUGCAGCAGCAUCCGACCGAAGUGUACCUGCAGACAUUGGGGUGCGCCACCAUCGCCGCCAUUUGCCUGCGAUCUCCAGCUAACUGCGACAGAGCGGUGCAAAUGCACGCGCAUCAGGCCAUCGGGCUCGCGAUGGUCGGCUUCCCUGAUAACGUUGCUAUGUUGCGGUACAUAUUAUUGUCUUAACAACAGUGGGGACAACCAUAUAUAUAUAUUGGCACCAAGUGUAGACAAGCUAGCUUGGCCAUCCGCAACAUGGUGGUCCGCAACGAACAAUUGCGGCCGAUCGUACUGGAAGAUGUCGAGCGGCAGCUGCGCGCGGCCCUGCCGUUGAGAGGAUGCGGAGACGAAGCAUAUGCGGCGCUGCGGGACCUCGGCGCGGACGUCCCGCUCGCCAGCAUCGGCACGAGCGAGUCGGCCAACUUCAAUCCGGUGAUGGUCUCGUCCAACCAACUGGUCGAGGCCAUUCAAGACAACUCCACCGCUCCAUUUGGCGAGUUUGAUUAACAAUUAGAAUACUAAUGUUUAACAAAUGACCAACACUCGCGACAAAACUGCU